AUGGCGCCACGGUGCCAGGUGGAAGUGUUGUAUUUUGCAAAAAGUGCUGAAAUAACAGGAAUUCGCUCAGAGACCAUUUCUGUGCCACAAGAAAUAAAAGCAUUGCAGCUGUGGAAUGAGAUAGAAACACGCCAUUCUGGAUUGGCUGAUGUCAGAAAUCAGGUGAUAUUUGCUGUUCCUCAAGAAUGUGUCGAGCUUGGAGAUCAGCUCCUCCUGCUUCAAUCAGGAGAUGAAAUUGCCAUUAUCCGCGCCCCCCCCCCCCACCAUUAG